AUGGCUAUUGUCAAGUGCACCAACCAAGCCUGCGGGAAAGAGUUUGACGAGGAGAAGAAAGAGGAGGGCACUUGUGCUUAUCAUCCCGGAGGGCCUGUCUUUCAUGAAGGAUUAAAGUCCUGGUCGUGUUGCAAAGACACCAACAAGCCCGUGCUCGAGUUUGACGCCUUCAUGAAGCUCCCACCUUGUACAACCGGUACCCACACAUCCGUCCCUCGUGCCACCCCUUCCGUCCCCGCCCAGAAGCCAGACACAUCCAAUUCCGCCCCAGCUAUGACGAGCUCCAAAGACGGUGUCGAGACGUACGGCUCUGUGCCUCCUCCUUCCGCUUCUUCAGGAUCGGGUCCAAAGAUCGAAAAUCAGACACCUGUCCUCCCCACCCCAGCGCCUGCGCCUGCCCCCACAGCGGCCAUAGUAGGGGGUGGAAAGCAGGGAGGGGCAGAGGAGAAGAAGGAGGUGAAAGAAGAGGAGGAUGAUGUCUCGUUGCCCGUGCCCGAAGGUGCGAGGUGUAAGAGGACGGCUUGUGGGGCCGCUUGGGAGGGAGAGGAGGUUUCGAGAGGGGAGGGGGAGAAGGCUACUUGUCGGUAUCAUCCUCAGUCUGCGGUCUUCCAUGAGGGAUCGAAAGGGUACCUGUGCUGCAAGCGGAGGGUGUUGGAGUUUGACGAGUUUAUCAAGAUCAAAGGCUGCAAGGAGGGCAAGCACCUGUUUGUGGGCCAGAAAAAGGACGAGACCAAGGAAGAAUUCGUAAACUGUAGAGUCGACCACUAUCAGACACCUACACAAGUGCACGUAUCUGCAUUUGCCAAAAACGCCGACAAGCAGCUGUCCAAAGUCACAUUCACCGACACGACCCUUCACCUCUCGCUCCAUCUCCCCUCCCUCCGCCGUAUUGAAAAGACCAUCACCCUGUACGGCCCCAUCUCCCCUGCCGACUCGUCCUACCGCAUCCUCGGCACCAAGAUUGAGAUUACCCUCACAAAGCCCAAAGCCGCGAGCUGGCCAGUGUUGGAGCUGCCCCCAGCGGGUACAGAGCUGCCGCCUGGGUAUGCACUGACUUUCGGGGUGAGGGGCAGGACGGGAACGGUUGGCGGUAAAGAAAUCGUUCUAGCGGAAGAAGAGGUCGGAAAGAGGGCCUAG